AUGAUAGAAAAGAAUGAAGAAAAUGCUGAUAAUGAUAGUCAUCUUGUCAGAAUAAGAUUAAUAGCUGAUAAAAGAACAUUUUUAGAAAAACAAUUUCUUCAGGUCCAAGAAGAAGUUAAAAUAUGUUUUGCUCAGUUAGCACAAACAUUAUAUGCAAGAGAAAAACAACUUUUACGACAAUCAGAAGCCAUUUAUAGACAGCAAAUAUCUUUGGCAUUAUCCAGUCAGGAAAUUCUUUCUCCAUGUAUAGCCAUAUUAAAUGAGAGAAAUGUUUUGGAAGAACAAAUUAAACAAUUUGGGAGGAUAGAGCUUACAGGGUCUAAUACAACCGCUAUAACUAAUCUAGAACCAUAUAAAAUUGCAGAAUAUCAAGAUAUAAAUAAAGAUCAUGUCUGUUUUGAUAAAUCUAUUCAAAAUACAGGCAUUGUUCCUUCUAUUACCAAAACUGAAUUUUCUUGUCCCACAGAAGAUGAAAACAUAAAUAAUAUUUCCACUAGAUUAAAGCCAUCUAGUAUAAUAAAUUUAACAGGAAAUUCCAGUCAUGAACCUAGUCUUCAAAAAAAGGAUUCUAAAGAACAUAUUGACUGUUCUUUAAAGGCAGAUACAGAAUUACACAAAAAUGAUUUUAAUUUUCAGACAACUAAUGUAAGUGAGCAAGAAAAUACAAAAAAUUAUAAGAAUUCUAAAAGAAAUAUAAUAGAGGAACAACAUAAUUCUCACGGACACACAGAACAAGUUCAACAGUGGUUGGAUCAAAUACUUUUAGAGACCGAGAUAGAACCAACUAUUCAUGAAGUGGAAAAAUUGCCUGAAAUAUCAGAAGCUUAUGUGUGCACCAAAUUUCAUUUAGAAACAUGAAAAUUAUAUUUAAUUAAGUAAUUUGCUCA